CAACCGCUAGGAGGCGGCGUCCCAUCAUCAAAUUGGGUUUAAAGAGUUUAAAGUUUUGUUUAGUGGUCGUUUAAGGUCUUUAUGUGACAUCGAGCCUGUAGUAAAAUAUCCAUUUUGUCACCGGAAAGUCCUGAAGUUGGGUUGUAUGUCGUUAUAGAGUUUGUAGCUACAUACCCCGAGGCCGCCAAUUGAAAUACACGGAGUCGCUGUUAGCUACCUAAACGAGCGUUAUACUUUAAAAGUAGUUUGCAAACUAGUGAACAAUAAAUGCAUCGUUUUUACAAAGGUAAAGCUGCCUAAAGAUAAGGUAUUGACGGCGAGGAGCAGAUCUAAGUGUGUCCACAGACAAAUAGACGAUAACAGUCUACUUCCUGAAUGGAGGGAAGGGGCUUGGUCCCGUGCCUGCGCCCCGCGACCGCGCACCGAAUUAGCAUCGAUGAAGUUGUCGCGAACAUGGCGGAUUUCCUGCCGACGCGGUCCGUGCUCAAAGUGUGCCUGCCCGUCUGCCUGCUCAGCAGCGGCGAGGUGGAGCAGGUCCGCCGAUCCAAGGAGAUCGACCGGCGGCUCUCCCGGGAGAAGACGUACGUCAAGCGGCUGGUGAAGAUCCUGCUGCUGGGCGCGGGCGAGAGCGGCAAGUCGACGUUCCUCAAACAAAUGCGGAUCAUCCACGGCCAGGACUUCGACCAACAAGCCCGGGAGGACUUCCGAGCCACCAUUUACAGCAACGUUAUCAAAGGCAUACGUGUUUUGGUUGAUGCCCGUGAGAAACUGCACAUCCCUUGGGGGGACCCGGGCCACCAGCAGUACGGGGACAAGCUGAUGUCGUUUGACACGCGCUCGGCCAAGAUGGUCCGUGGGCAGCUGGAGACGCCCAUCUUCCUGCAGUACCUGACCGCCAUCAAGGCCCUCUGGGCCGACUCUGGGAUCCAGAACGCCUACGACCGCCGUCGCGAGUUUCAGCUGGGCGAGUCGGUCAAGUAUUUCUUGGAUAAUCUGGAUAAGCUUGGCGAGCCGAACUAUCUGCCAAGUCAGCAAGACAUCCUGCUGGCACGAAAGCCCACCAAGGGCAUCCAUGAGUACGACUUUGAGAUCAAGAACGUGCCCUUCAAGAUGGUGGACGUGGGGGGCCAGCGGUCGGAGCGGAGGCGCUGGUUCGAGUGCUUCGACUCGGUCACCUCCAUUCUCUUCCUCGUCUCCUCCUCAGAGUACGAUCAGGUUCUGAUGGAGGAUCGUCAGACCAACCGUCUGUGCGAAUCCCUCAACAUCUUUGAGACCAUCGUCAACAACCGCGUAUUCGCCAACGUCUCCAUCAUCCUCUUCCUCAACAAGACGGACCUGCUGGAGGAGAAAGUGAAGAGCGUGGUACUCAAGGACUACUUUCCCGACUACACCGGGCCCGAGCACAGCCUGCCGGACAUCCAGGCCUUCAUGGUGGAGUGCUUCCGGGCCAAGCGGCGUGAUGCUACCCAGAAGCCCCUGUACCACCACUUCACCACAGCCAUCAAUACGGAGAACAUCAGGCUGGUGUUCCGGGACGUCAAGGACACCAUUCUCCAUGACAACCUCAAGCAGCUCAUGCUCCAAUGACCCCCAUCACACUUGAGAAGAAUCCAGUAGAACUUGUCUGCAGCUUUUGUAUUAGUCUGUGCUCUCCUCCUUGUGAAGAGUUGCUAGUCCGAGUCUGGUAGGAGAACACUGCUUUGUGGCAUCGACUGGACCAAAUGCUGACGAGAUAUGUUGGACUUUUGGCGAGAGGCGUCACUGUGGAGAACAACAAAAUGGUCAGAAGGUUUCAUCCGUGCCACGGAGUGGUCCAUCUUCCAAGCACUGAAAUCAUGCAGAUAACUGAUUGGCUUAUGUUGCACUGCUUUGUGAAUACAUGAACACUCCCUCAUCUCCCUCCGAUAAGAACCAGCUUCUAAAUAAAGCUAUGAUGGCUUUCCAGUGCCGUCUUAAAAUCGCUCUUGAAAUCCUGCAUUUGUGCCAAAAGAUGCAAUGUUCCAUUUUAAGGCCAACACUUCUCAGGGUUGAAGCAGCCAUGACGUCAUGGUGGAUGAACAAUGUCUGUUUCGGUGUCAACGUGAGUCAUCCGGACAACCCAAACACCACAUGCCUUCUGGGGGGGUCACGUUAACGCCAAGUUGGUUUUCCCUCCAAAAGAAGCUCAGCUUUGUACAUAGUGAAAUUUUUCUGUAAAUAAUGUUCAGCUUUAUUUCCACGUGUGUAAAUUCUUGUAGAAAUGGCGUCAUGUUUUCACUCUGAAUGUUACACAAUCACUGCUUUUCCUCCUAAUGAAGAUAAUUAUUCUCUUUCAAAUUCAUUCAUGUGUCAAUUUUCAUGCCACUCUAACUUUAUCAAUAAAACACAAUUUUCUAAAGAAA